UUUAGUUUGCACUUUUGAGAUUUCUUGUGGAAUGUGCCCCUGCUAUCAAGCUGUUGAUUAGAAGAGCUCUUUACCAUUUUUUUAGUUAAUAAGAUUCUCUAGGUGAGCUCUAGAUCACAUAAAUGGCUUUGUAAACCAUCAGUCCUCUACGGAGUACAGAUGAGAAUCACUCUACAGCAACACUGGGCUGGGGGAAGGCUGCUCAGACUGUGGGUGCUGAAUGUCAUCCUGCACGACGCUGCGGGAAAUAAUGAUCACGCUGCCUCCUCAGGCCUCAGUUCUGUUAGGAGUGGGAGAGAAAAAACUAAGACACUUGGUGUGGGCUGAUGUCCUCUGUUUCCCAGGGGUCCUGUUUUGUGAGUGGUAAGUGAAGCAGUAUUAGUGUGCGUGCAUGGUCUCAGUGACAGUCAGUUGUAGGCAUGGCCAGUCUGUGCUCUCAGAAGUAGCCUGUCCAAGACUUGCACUCCUUUGGAGAACUAACCCAUUAAGAAGCGGACACUAGUGGCAAAUUAAGUAACCAGUGGCCUAAGUGUUUUGGAACUGGGGCUGCUUUGUGCAGUCUCCUGUGCUUGCGAUGAGCAGCUGACACUGUACUUUGUAGGGUAACAUUCUGGCUAGUUUAUUAUCUCAUACAGUUUGCACUGCCUCAUAACUGGGGUGUGUGAACUUGUGUGAGGAGUUUUCCCACAGAAACAGUUGACCUCAGAUGGUUCGAGGCAUACUUACUUGUCCCGGGGCUAACUGAGGGAGCCUUGUGACAAACCUCACAACUAAACCACAGGCUCUAGCACUGUCAGGGUCAAAUCAGCCACCUCCCUUGAGGUCUGAGUGGGCUGUUGUUGAAAGCCACGAGAUGUUGCCUCUAUAUGUGCAGGCAGGGGUUAAGCAUUAUGAAUUUGCAAUAGCCAGCCAGCUUUCCCAUAUAAGAGCACUGCAUUCAUUGGCUCUCUCUUUUACUGAGAAAUCUAGCUAGUCAUUUCCUGUGCAAGCCCUUCUUCACUUUGCAAACUGCUAUACAGUUGAGUAAAUAACAAUGAUCCGUGAUUAUUCCUUCUCACGGGCAGCUUGGAUUCUCUCAUGGACCACCACCAACUAGGAGUUCAACAUUGUGCCGUUAAUAGACUGCUAAUAUGAGCGUGGUCAUCUCUGCAGAAAAGGAGGAGUCUCAUCCAUGGAUGUAAAUAAUUUGGGGUCUGCUUUCAUGUUUAUUAAGACUUGUUGGUAUUUGACUUGGUUUCUACUGAGAGAUUAUUUACCUUCUGAAGGAUCCGUUGGGACUCCUUGUCAGAUCAGUUCUUGGGUGGAGCUUGCAGCAACUUGGGGACCGUUUUGCUCUUGCUUUUAAACCAGACGGUCUGUCUGUACAAGACUGACAAUAAAUAACUCUCUCGAGCGCUGUGGAGAGAUGGAAACUGCAGCUGAGAAAUGAUUUUGGGGAAAGGAAGACAGAAAAGUGCAAGCAAACUAUUAUGGAAGUACCAAUAGCCCUCUAAAGGAUCAGCAAAUGUACCAGCUAUGGAGUCUGGCUGUAGUCCCAGCAAGGGAGAUUUCUCUUCAGAGAAAACCUGUUAACCAUUUGGAGGGAGUACAUGUGAAUAAGACGGAGUUAUUAAAAAAAGCUCUGCUUCAGGUUUAGCCUCCCAGCGGGGGACUUAUUUGGUGAUCUGCAAGAUUAUCUGUACUAGAAAUGGAUAACUUCACAAAUGGGCAGCCAGGCCCAGGUCAGAGGAACAGGUUGAUGGGAUUGCUAGAAACAGAUGACAGUAUCCAGGAAGAUAAACCUGCAUCUAGUAAAAAGGAAGAAAGAUCAGGACAUGGAAAGAAAGGAGAGCCACGACCCUUGGAGACACCUUAUCAGAAGGAGAGCAGUGACUUUCCUCCUAAAGUCAAGAUUAAUCUGAACUAUCGGCCGGGACUCGUCAGCAACCAAAAGGACCCAAACCGCUUUGACAGAGACAGGCUCUUCAGCGCAGUCUCAAGGGGCAGCCCUGAGGCACUGGAUGGUUUACUUGAGUACUUACGGAGGACCUCCAAAUUUCUCACCAAUUCUGAAUACACAGAUGCAAAGACCGGGAAGACCUGCUUAAUGAAAGCCCUGUUGAACUUAAAAAAUGGAAAGAAUGACACAAUCCCACUUUUGCUGGAAAUAGACCAAAAGACACAGAAUCCCAGGCCACUUGUUAAUGUGGCAUGCUCCGACUGUUACUACAGAGGCCAGACAGCACUCCAUAUUGCCAUAGAGAAAAGGAGCCUAGAUUUAGUGAAACUUCUAGUAGAGAAUGGAGCUGAUGUCCAUGCCAGAGCCCAUGGUGAAUUCUUCAAGAAGAAGAAAGAAGGAGUUUGCUUUUAUUUUGGUGAGCUUCCCCUCUCCUUGGCUGCUUGUACCAACCAGCUUGAGGUGGUGGAAUAUCUUCUAAACAAUCCCCACCAGAAAGCCAGCCUCCAGGAGCAAGAUACACAAGGCAACACAGUCCUCCAUGCCCUGGUGAUGAUUGCAGAUGACACUGAGGAGAACACCAAGUUUGUGAGCACAACAUACGUUGAGAUCUUAAAGGCAGGUGUGAAGGUUGACCCAACGUGGAAACUGGAGGAGAUAGUGAACUAUGAUGGACUAAAUCCUCUGCAGCUUGCUGCCAAGACAGGCAAAGUGGAGAUCUUCAAGCACAUCAUCCAAAGAGAGAUCAAAGACCCAGUGUACAGGCACCUGUCACGCAAGUUCACUGAAUGGACCUAUGGACCUAUCCAUGUGUCUCUCUAUGACUUGUCCUCUAUAGACAGCUUUGAGGAAAACUCUGUGCUGGAGAUUCUGGCAUACAGCAGUGACACACCGAAUCGGUACAAGAUGGUGGUUUUGGAGCCACUGAACAAACUGCUUCAGCAAAAAUGGGAAACAUUUGCUUCCAAGAGAUUCUACUUCAGUUUUGUGUCAUACUUGUCAUUCAUGAUCAUCUUUACAGCCAUUGCAUACUAUCAACCCUUACGGGUAAAGCCUUCAUUUCCAGUGGAGUUCACAGCUGGAGGCUUCCUGUGGGUCUCUGGACUGAUCAUUAUCUUGCUAGGAGGCAUUUAUCUAAUCUUUGCUCAGAGUCUGUACUUGCGGAGGAGACGCCAGUCCCUGAAGACUAUGUGUUCUGACAGCUGCAUUGAGAUCUUGAUCUUCAUCCAGGCUUUCUCAUUGCUGCUGUCAGCCGUCCUGUAUGGUGCAAGUUCAGAAAACUAUGUGGCGGUGAUGGUGUUCUCCCUGCUUUUGGGUUGGGUGAACACGCUCUAUUACACUCGGGGCUUUCAACGCACUGGGAUCUACAGUGUCAUGAUACAGAAGACUAUCCUGAGAGAUCUGCUGCGUUUCCUCUUGGUUUAUGUGAUCUUCCUCUUUGGCUUUGCUGCAGCUCUGGUUACGCUGAUGGGGGAUGCUCCUUCGGUCUCUCAGAACAAGUCUCUUGCUCAGUUGGAGAGUGCUGGGAGCCAUGCUAUGUACGGUGGGCUGCUUAGUGUCUCCCUGGAGCUCUUCAAGAUCACCAUUGGGAUGGGCGACCUGGAUUUCCAGGAACAUGCCAGAUUCAGAUACUUCGUCAUGUUCCUGCUGCUUCUCUUUGUGAUCCUCACUUACAUUCUUUUGCUCAACAUGCUGAUUGCGCUCAUGAGCGAGACUGUUACAGAUAUUUCUGGUUACAGCAAAAGCAUCUGGAAGCUGCAGAGGGCUAUUGCUAUUCUAGAAAUAGAGAAGGCCUGGCUGUGGCGCCAAGGUGGGAAGAGGAGAUCUGGCUGCUUCAUGUCAGUGGGCCUCAAUAAGAAAGAUGAGAGGUGGUGUUUCAGAGUAGAGGAAAUUAAAUGGACGAAUUGGGCAAAGGAUGUGGGAGUUCUUAAGGAAGACCCUGGAAACACCAGUGAUUCAGAAAUAAAUCCAGAAGAGACAAGAUCAUGGAAACGGAUGCCACAGAAACAACUGAGAUCAGCUGUUUCAGAGGAGCAGUCACUAUUACAGCCCCAGCUAUCAGCAACUGAGAUGAUACCUCUAGAGGGACAAACCAGAAAUCUUUAGAAGGUUUUCUGGAUUACAACUUUGCUUCCAUCUUCAAAGGAGUAGUUCUUCCUAUAGCGGCUGGAAGAAUUGAAGGCAUUAUCAGUAUUAAAGUACAUUUCAUCGAAGACUGUGGUUCAGCCUGUGGCUUUAAAUAUUUUCAUGCACUUUAAUCAUUAAUUUCCUCUGAAGAAACUAUUUUUACUCAACUCUCUCUGCCUGACACUUUCUUAUUACUAUGUCUAAAGGUAUAAGAGUGAGAGCAAGAUAAUGGGGCAGUGGGGAGUGGUCUUUAGGAAGGCAGUGCUUUCUGAGCUGCAUAGAAAUAAUGCUAUUUGCCAUAGAGAAGCAAAGGAUGGAGUGACCUAUCUAAGAAUGGGUCGAGUGUUAUUUUUUUGUCACAGGAGGCUACACUGAAGUACUUUGGAAUAAAGAGUGUUGUAGAGUCAUAAAAA